GUUACUGGGCCCUGGAAGCGAGGUCAGAGCUGGAAAUGGCCUUAGGGGUCACCUAGGGUCUAAUCCAUCGUUUUUCUUGUUGGGGAACUGAGCCCCUGGGAAGGGUCACAUUGCGUUGAAUGCAGUGUCUGUCGCCUCUGUCCCUCCCCCUUACACGUCUGGCGUCUCGUCAGAUACAUGUCAGCUCCUGGGAUAAGCUUUCCCUGGCCGCUUUGCAGAAGGGCGUCCCCUUUUAGCCUCUUCCACGUAAACCUGCUCCAUUUCUUUCGUAGCAGUUACCACUCUCUGAAACUAAGUCUGUUUCUGUCUUAGCCCGCCAAGUAUUUAUUGUAUACGUAUAUAGGUGCCACUGUACAGGCAGUACUUCUCCAGGCAAGUAUUAUUAAACACCAGCCGCCCUGGGCCAGGCAUUGUACUGUGGGACCCAGUAUGCAUUAAGGGAAGAAUCCAGGCAAGUGGCUGCCCUCUUGGAGCCAGCAUUCUGCGGGGGAAGAGAUUGAGUGUAAACAAGAAAUUCCAGGUCGUGACUGGUGCUGUGAAGAAGGCAAGGGGAUGUGAUGGAAGAUUAGAUAUGUUAAAGUUGGCAAAGAAGCGUCUGAGGAGGGUCAAAAUGAGCCUGUUUGGAACAACCUCAGGUUUUGGAACCAGUGGGACCAGCAUGUUUGGCAGUGCAACCACAGACAAUCACAAUCCAAUGAAGGAUAUUGAAGUAACAUCAUCUCCUGAUGAUAGCAUUGGUUGUCUGUCUUUUAGCCCACCAACCUUGCCGGGGAACUUUCUUAUUGCAGGAUCAUGGGCUAAUGAUGUUCGCUGCUGGGAAGUUCAAGACAGUGGACAGACCAUUCCAAAAGCCCAGCAGAUGCACACUGGGCCUGUGCUCGAUGUCUGCUGGAGUGACGAUGGGAGCAAAGUAUUUACGGCAUCGUGUGAUAAAACUGCCAAAAUGUGGGACCUCAGCAGUAACCAAGCAAUACAGAUCGCACAGCAUGAUGCUCCUGUUAAAACCAUCCAUUGGAUCAAAGCUCCAAACUACAGCUGUGUGAUGACUGGGAGCUGGGAUAAGACUUUAAAGUUUUGGGAUACUCGAUCGUCAAAUCCUAUGAUGGUUUUGCAACUCCCUGAAAGGUGUUACUGUGCUGACGUGAUAUACCCCAUGGCUGUGGUGGCAACUGCAGAGAGGGGCCUGAUUGUCUAUCAGCUAGAGAAUCAACCUUCUGAAUUCAGGAGGAUAGAAUCUCCACUGAAACAUCAGCAUCGGUGUGUGGCUAUUUUUAAAGACAAACAGAACAAGCCUACUGGUUUUGCCCUGGGAAGUAUCGAGGGGAGAGUUGCUAUUCACUAUAUCAACCCCCCGAACCCCGCCAAAGAUAACUUCACCUUUAAAUGUCAUCGAUCUAAUGGAACCAACACUUCAGCUCCUCAGGACAUUUAUGCGGUAAAUGGAAUCGCGUUCCAUCCUGUUCAUGGCACCCUUGCAACUGUGGGAUCUGAUGGUAGAUUCAGCUUCUGGGACAAAGAUGCCAGAACAAAACUAAAAACUUCGGAACAGUUAGAUCAGCCCAUCUCAGCUUGCUGUUUCAAUCACAAUGGAAACAUAUUUGCGUACGCUUCCAGCUACGACUGGUCAAAGGGACAUGAAUUUUAUAAUCCCCAGAAAAAAAAUUACAUUUUCCUGCGUAAUGCAGCCGAAGAGCUAAAGCCCAGGAAUAAGAAGUAGUGGCUGGAGACUCUGGCUCAGCCAGAGUUGUUUCUCUCCACUCUGCCUCAUCUCUGUACGAAUUUGGGUCCCAGCCUUGUUGGGUUGUCAGCCAUGGACAUGGAUUUCAACCCCUGGAGAAAAUGAUGUCAUUGUUCAGCAGCUGAGAGCCCAGGCGUCCGCGGCGACUUGCCGUCUCUCCAUUCCACUGCCUGUUGCAGAGUUUUUCUGUAACUAAGGGGGUUGAGGUUGUUGUAGAUUGCGGGCACCGCCAGGGAUUUUGCAGUGCUUCAGUGUACGUGUUAGAGAAUAUUGGAAAAGCGUCUGUGAGCCCCGUGCUGUAUUUUGUAAUAAAGUCUUUUGCAGAUUG